GGCCCUCACCGGAGUAUAGCUCUCAUCCCGUCCAUAAAACGGCCAGCGCCGUGGCGUGAUGAUACGCAUCCGCUGCAAAGUGCAAAGCCAGCAGAGGAGAAAGCUUGGCUCAGCUUUGCACUUGUUGAGCCAUGGAGUUCAAGCACCUGUGCCUGGUGAGGUUCAAGGAGGGCGUGGUGGUGGAGGACAUCAUUGAGGAGCUCACCAAGCUCGCCGCGGAGCUCGACACCGUCAAAUUCUUCGGGUGGGGAAAGGACGUGCUGAACCAGGAGGCGCUGACGCAGGGCUUCACCCACGUCUUCUCCAUGAGCUUCGCCAGCGCCGAGGACCUGGCGGCGUACAUGGGCCACGAGAAGCACUCUGCGUUCGCCGCCACCUUCAUGGCCGUGCUCGACAAGGUGGUUGUCCUGGACUUCCCCUUCGUCGUCGCCAAGCCGGUGCCAUCGCCUGAGGCCGCUUGAAUGAUACACCCCACCCCAGUAUCUAUCUGUUACUACUUCCUCCGUCUAAAAAAGCUUGAAUGAUAUAUACACCCCACCCCACUGUCUAUCUGUUACUACUAAGCAAGUAUAAGCAUCUACCAUCGCCAGCAACUGUAAGGUGCCUACCUUUUCAGGUAAUACCACCAUCUAUCUAUCUGAAGGCUGCAGCUGUGAUGUACCUAAAGCCUCCUAUUUUUUUGCUUGCUUGUCCUGCUACCACGGCAUUAACCGGCCGUCUAGCCUGUAAAGCCACUGUAAGGUGUAACUCUAUUCCGUGCAUUCCCUUCGAAAGUUGCUUGGUUAUCACCCUUGAAUAAACAUCGGUGGUUUUGCUUUA